AUGGCGUCCCGGGAGGCCCCCGACACGCCCCGCUUCAGCCUGAGCGGUGUGAGAGAGCGGAUGCGGGAGAAAAGGAACGGUGCCCUGAGGACUGCGAAGCUGAACGCCUCGCUCGCGUCAAAGAUCAAAACGAAGAUCAUCAACAACUCUUCCACUAUUAAAGUCUCCCUAAAGCACAAUAAUAAAGCACUGGCGCUGGCUCUCAAUGCGGAGAAAGCGAAUGCACAGCGGCUCACCCAGGAGAAGAUCGUGUUACAGAAAGAAGUAGAGCAAUGCCACUUCCAGAACGCUGUGCUGCGGCACAAGCUUUCCUUCCUGAAUAACACCUGGAAAGAACUUGAGAACCUUAUGGCAGCGGUUAAGAUGGCCCGGCUGUCUGAGUUCCAUACAAGUUCUGCAUCCUUGUCCAAUAGCCAGAAGAGCAGCAUGACUGAAAGAAGCUGGGAUGAUGAUACUGCAGGUGGUCAGCUUGUGAGGGCCAUAGGGAUGCCGAUGAGGGUGCCCAUUUCCAAGCUGUGCAGUGCAGGACAGCAAGGUGGCAGCUCUGCAGCAGUACAGACAUCCUCACUAGAUCUUCAGAGACCUGCUUCUAAUGAGCCCCUGGAAAUUGUGCCUGUUGCCUCCAAAGACACUUUGCCACCACAGCAUGCCGAGAAGCCUCAAGCCCACCAAGAAGAGAAUAGGAAGAAGACAACUGAAGCAAUGGAAUCACGAGAGGCUUUUCUUGACUCUCGCAUCUUUGGAGAGUCCUUGUAUGCCACCCAACAAUAUGCCGACAAUUUGCCAGCACUUGCCUGGGAAAGUCAUCCUCUUUCAUAUGAGGGUGAUGAGAUGGCAAAGGAUUUCUUAGAUCGUCUCUCACAAGGGCAUGUUACGCAGAGGAGAAAUCGUUCCACCCUGUUUGCAGCAAGCACUCCAUCUUCUGGUGUGGGUAUCUUCCCAUCUGUCGGUUCCACCCAGGCAGGUUGGUGGAGUAUCACAAAGGACAGCAGGAGCUCCAGCAAGAGCAACACACAGCCACAGCUGAAAUCUCCCAGCUCCCUGGUUUCACCUACUCAAACCACUGUUAUUCCUGACAGAAAAUCUUUGGAUGAAGAGAUUCUGUGUGAUCAGCCACAGGCUGAAGAAGCUGGGUGUGGUGUUGAAAUGGACCCCAGCCGUAGCCAAGUCCCGGAGUUUGCUCCUGAAAAGGUUAAAGGCAAAGGUAAUUGUAAAACUGGUGACAAAACAACUGUUAAAAAAGCAAGCACAGGAAAAAAGAAACCAAAUGCAACUAAAACCAAUGCAAAAUGUGGUCCUGAUUUGCCUCAGGGUGAAGAGAGUGCUCAAAAAGCAAAGAAGCUUGUUCAGCUGACAGUCACAACGUGUUCUAGGGAGUCUGAAGUUUCUGAGAUGAGGCAGAAGGCUUGCGUGGGGGCUUUCGACAGGCAGAACAGAGGCUGCGGUGUGAAGCAACGUUCCUGCUCUCUUGAUGAAAUCCAAGAUGUGGUGAAUCCAGCACAGCUGCAUAGUCUUGGAAGUGGGGACUUGGUGCAACAGGUAAAGAAGGAAGUUGUCUUUGAGAUCGACGGUAUGGAGAGCUUGUCAAAAAGCCCAGGUCGUAACCUCUCAAGUCAAGAAGUUCCCUCGGAUGAUUCCAGUCUACAAAAUCCACUUUUCCUGAGGAAAGAGACCUUAAGUGCCUGUGCUUUGCAAGAGGAGUCAAGUGUGAGCACAAAGAGCAUCAGAUGGAAAACCAACAGAAGAACUAGAGUAAUUAGGCAAAUAGAUGACUCUGAGGAGAAUCUGCCAAACAGUGUGAAUAUACCAAAGGCCAAAGCUGAAGAACAGCCUAAAAGAAGCCAGACAAGCAGGAAGAAGACUGCCAGGAAAAGCAGUUGUAGUGGUCAGAGAAAUGAAGUUGAUAUUUUGGGGUCAUGUGUAGAUGUUCAAGGAGUAGCGAAGGAGAGCACAAAGGAUUUGCCAGCUAAUCUUAAACGUAGCAGGAAAACGUAUGUUGUCCGUCCUUUGGAUCUUGCAGGAAACUUUGGUUGUGUCCAGAUAGAUUUUGAAGGAGGUGACAUUGUACCUCCCAGGUCUAUUCCUGGGAGCAAGGCUAGCAAAAUCCCCAGAGUUCAGAGGGUGGUAGCUGCUCAGAGCAAUAAAAACCAGACAGGGGGCCUUCAAGAAAAGGGGCAAGCUAAACUUGACAACAACAUGAAUGCUUUGGAUAAACAGGCUUGUCCCAGACUGAAGUGUCAGAGGAAGAGGAAGACCUCUAGUCCUUUAGAGACUGAUUCCUUGGCCAGACAAAGUGAUGGUGCUGAGGCACUCAUUGGAAGUUCAGCUGAACUUGCAUCAAAGCGAACUGUCCUGAUGGGGAAGCUUUCCUGCAUUACAGAUCUGCUGUCUCAGCCAGAUGCCUUCCUGGGGGAGCAGAGAGCUGAGAUACUGCUUACAAAUAAUCUGACGGACAUUUCACGCAGUCUGGAAUCUUCCUCUGUGACCUGUUCUGCAGCUUCACCUGUCAGCUCCAGGCUUACAGAUGUACCAGUUUCCAAGAGUUUAAGUACUGAGGGCAACAGAAUGCCAAAGAAAUCCUCCGUUUGGCCGGAAAGCUCCCUGGUAUUUAAAGAAGAGACUGCAGAGGAAAUACCUGGGGGCAGAAACCAGGUUGAGUCAAGUUGUUGGAGGACACCUUCACAGGAACCUGAGAUCAGGCCGCUACAGGACUUGACCAAUGCCAGGACUCUGCCCUCCCCCAGCUCGGAAGAAGUGUCAGGGUGCUCAUCCCGGCGGAGGCUGCACCCAGCCUGCUAUGCAGAGCCCAAACUCAACAGGAAACUGAGGCAGGGUGACCCAUUUACAAGCACAGAGUUCCUCUACUCCCCUUGCUACAAAAGCAAAAAGAAAACUGCCAAAGUCAAGGAUAUGACCAAGAAGAUCAAAGAGGAGAAAGAAUGGCUUCCUGAAGGAUGUCCCAGUGCCAAGGCAGGCUUGCCGAUAACAAUGGGAAGAGACGUGAAGCAGGAAGUAAAAUAG